AAUCGCCAUAUACAAAUAAAAAAUGAGCGGGCACUGGCAAAAAGCGCAAUAGCAAACUGCAACGAUUAUGAUAAUGUGAGACGCUAAAGACCUAAAUUCUUUACAGUGGUAGAGAGUUUUAUUACAUGAAAUAUAUGAAUUUAACCAAAUGGGUUCCUGUCUCCUUCCCUCCCACCGCGCUCUCUCACCCUCCCUUGUCUGUCCUCUGGCUGUGUUUUAAACCUCCACUGCUCUGAUCUCUUCUGACAGCUGUUAUGUCAGGGAGGGGUGGAGCAGAGAUGGGUAUACAUGGGGAGGGCAGGAUAGGGUUUUAGGCAACAUUUCACAGCAUCUCAUUUAUUUAGCUCUACUGUAACUGGACCACUACUGAGAGGAUAUAUUGUGCGUGUGCCUCUGCUUCGGAUCAAAGGUGCUGAGGUAUUCCAGUGGGGAAUCUGUGUCUGGCAUACCUGUCGUGUGGGAGGUGGCUUAAAAAAAAAAAAAAGCUUAGGAUAACAGAGCGAAGCUGGACAAUUCGCAGAGCGGAUCCGAGACAAGACCUUCCGAAAAAUCUGAGCUGAAAACCUUUAACUGAUCUUACAGAAUGAUUAUUCGACUUGGACGUCUUACCCCAGGUUACUUCCGUCUGUUACAGUUGCAGGUUUCUGGAGAGCUAGCAUCCGAACCAAAGGAUCGCUUGGUGAAUCAUUUAGCACUGCUUUUGGCCCUUAUGGGCCUUGGCUUGUCCUAUUACAGUGUACGACAGAUGGUACAAGAGUCCAGUAUUCCCCCGUCACAUUGACCUAAUGGUGAGAUAGAGCAAUGCAGGACAGAAAGCCUGAAUGAUAAGAUAUAGGCAAAGAAGUACAGACGUGAAUGUAAACAGACACCCAGACCCAACUGCACUGGAGACCCUGAGGGAAAAAAAAUGUGUUAUAGUGAUAACUCUUGAAUAGGAAUUAGUGUGGGUGGAAAGAAAGCCAUCGCAUGUAAUAAAUAAGAGAUGGGACUAGCAGGUACACAAUAAUGCAGCUCUUUCUAAAGUCUUGGGAUAUUCAACUUGAGGACGUGUACAAGGGUCCGAGCCUGUCCCUAAUUAAAAUGUGUUGUGGACCCACA